GAAGGCUUGAAGUGCGCCAACACUUAUCAGAUUUUCAGAUAAGGAGUGUCGUCUCUCAGCCGCCUGUGUCUCACAAGUGCGAGAAACAAACGAAAAUCGGUCCGAGUGUGUCGCAGGACGUUGAUCGUCUUUUGUUGUAUACAUGUUCAGUGCGGAAAAGUGACGAAACAUGUACAUACGAAAAUGGUGUAGUGAAUAGUGUUCUGUAGUGAACUAUGUUUGUGAAAAAUACUAGACACGUUAGAAGAAUUAACUCUAGAUGUGAAUCGCUGGCCUCCUGUCGCGCCCCUCAAAUGGAGGAGGGCGGGGGUGCGACGCCCGGUGGGGAGGGGGUUGGAGGUUUAGGGGCAGCAGGGGUGGCAGACCCAGUGGCGGACGACGCGGGGGGCCACGUGGGCCACCUGCUGGUCCGCAUACACGUACCGGAGCUGAACGUGCAGAAGUGCUUGCAGUUCCCCAGGGACCAACUCGUUUGGGAUGUCAAGCAGCAGUGUCUGGCCGCACUGCCGAAGCCGAAUUGCUUCAUACUAUAA